GGCGGGUCUAGGGCCGCUGGCUCUCGAGUGACCUGCGGGUGACUCAGGCUGCGCCGCACUUCCCGGAUCCUCCUCUCCCCGCUCUAGUGCCGGCUGGACCAUGCUCGCCCUGACCGUGGCUCUGCUCCUGGCCCUCGGCUCCGUGGCGCGGGCCGAGCCCCUCAAGUUCGUGGACUGCGGCUCCAAAGAUGGGAGCAUCACAGAAGUGAACGUGAGCCCCUGCCCUACACAGCCCUGCCAGCUCCAGAAAGGGACGUCCUACAGCGUCAAUGUCACCUUCUCCAGCAAGAUCAAGAGCCAGGGCAGCAAAGCGAAAGUGUAUGGGGAGAUACUCCAUGUGGACGUACCCUUUCCUAUCCCUGAGCCUGAUGGAUGCAAGAGUGGGAUCCAGUGCCCCAUUGAGCAAGGCCAUUCCUACAGCUACCUGAACAAGCUCCCUGUGAAAAGCGAGUACCCCAAUAUUAAACUGAUUGUCCGGUGGGAGCUGAUUGAUGACCAAGGCCAGAUGCUAUUCUGCUGGAAGAUACCUGUCCAGAUCACCAGCUAAGGAGCCCUGCUUGCCCUGUGGGUGGCUUUGGGGGAGGGUAGAGGGGAAAACCUGGGUCAGACUCUUCUUGUAUAAUGGGCAUUUCCUGGCAUCUGCUUCAAAAUUCUGCAGCCUCCAAGCAGCCAGCAUGGUGUUCUCCCAAAGCUGAGGUGCAGUCGCUGCAGGGGCAUCAAUAGGCAGAGGGCUCAACUCCCUGCAGCUUGAGUGGGAGCAGAGUCUGGCAGCCUGUGGUGGCAGUGGCUGAGCAGCACCCUGCUGGAGCUCUGUGGAGGUUUUUGUCUGCUUGAAAUGAGCAUCACAGAGAUCUCUCUCUCUCUCUCUCUCUCAUAUGCACGGGGGCUGGUGUCAGCUGCUAUUAACCCUUGAGUGCCUGCCCGGAUAGAAUGCUACUGCGUCCCUCUGCUUUUCUCCUGCUCAGUCAUGACCAGAGUAUUCCUGUGACCUGCAUCUGCCAUCCAGAGCCAAUGGAGGGGGAAGAGAGGGGAACUGGCACUGCCACUUGUCUUCCAUGCGCACUGGGGUCUCCUUGGCCCAGCAGUGGCCAGCAACUCUACAGCUGGGAGAAGGCUUCCUCUGUGCAGGCGCAAACCCAAACCACACACAGCAUCUCUGCAGGGCUGACUCUGACUAACCAGUGAUUUGCACUGUCUGCUAACUUACAUGGAGCUGCUGCUGGGGGCUCUUCACCCCUAACCUCUUUUUAUAACUUUCCUUUUAAUAAAGGCUCAAUUAAAAACUGCCA